UGUGCUUAGACUUUUCCAUGCUUUUAUUUGGAUGAUAUGAAGACGAGUUCGUCUGUUGAGGGAAAAGGUUUGUGAUGCUGCGAAUGUGUAGUUUUGUUACUUUGUUGACAGCUAUUAUCGGCUGAUAUGUACGAAAAGCCAUGAAGUUGAAUGCGACACCCAGGCAUUAUAUGCCAUUAUCACAAAACCAAAGUGAUGAAGAUGAAUCUGGUCCAACCAAAGAAGAUAAAGUUGACAAACUAGGCUUCAAAAAUGCUUUCAGUUCUUGUGAAGGCUUGUCAAAUAAUAUCAGGCAGUCUGAAACUGAUGAUGUGGUUACAAAAACUCUUCCUAUGUCCCCACUCCGAAUUCUGCUAUUUGUACUCUCGUUGAUAUUGUGUGUUUUAUUUGUAAUUAUUUUUGUAUUUUUUAUACCAUGUUCAAUGCACGGCAGCCUAAAUAUGACCUGCAGUCUGAAUUACAGAUGGCAGAAAACAUUCCUUAACUUAUCUUUCACUUCUCCAUUGGAUUUUGUGAGUAGCCGUCUUUUAAAGAAGCGUCUGAUAAUAUUUGGCUAUUUGACUGAUGAAGAAUCUGGAUUGCUAGCAGUUCAGGAAUCCACUGGUAAGGAACAGUGGAGACUACCAUUUCAUUCCACGCCUUUCUCAUCCAUUUGCAAUAUCAUUGAUGUAAAUCUUGAUGGAAUCCCUGAAUGUUUAGUGAUAGGCAGCAAUGGGCUUCUUGUUGCAGUUGAUAUUAAAAAAGGAGUCAGUUUAUGGUAUUUGCAUAAUCACAGUGAUAUAAAUGAUGCUCAUUCAAUUUCUGGCCCAUUGGUUGUGCCUGAUUGUGAUGGUGAUGGAAUCUUAGACGUUGUCAUCUCGUACAAUGUAAGUGAUGAGGAAAAUAUUUCCUACUUGGCUGUUGUUUCUGGAGGAACUGGUCAGAUAGUAGGUUCCCUUGUCCAGCUUGAACAGUGUUCAGGGUCAAUCACAGACUUUUUCCCAUGGGAAUUUCAGAAUGAAACCCACAUCAUUUUAUAUUGUGGAGAAAAACCAGGAAAUUUAUGGAUGUUGUCAUCAAGUGCAGUGUGUAAUAAAGCUUUAAAUGAGACAGAAAAACUCUUAUCAAAAAGCAUUUUCAGAAUACCACGUUUUGCUGAAGAUGUAGAAUUUUACAAGAUUUCAGAUUCAUCAAAUCAGUUUAUAGUUGCAAUGGAUGGGUCUAAAUUUAUGGUUUUGGAUUGGACACCUGAUUUGAACUUUUAUGUACCAUGGAAAAAUUAUGUUGACAGUAAUCAUCAUUUAAGUGUCAUCAUGGAUGGACAGUUUGUUGAAGGCAGUACUCAAUUAGUUAUUUCAAGUAGAAAUGCAUCACAUUCUAAGGUUAUUGGUCUUUGUUUGUCCAGUGGAAAAGAAGUAUGGUCUUUCACAUUAGAUGGUGGUGUAGUAGUUGUAUCUGCUGUUAAACUGCCUAGGUUUUUUGGUGACACAGAUGGCCUUAUUUUAAAAAUAUUGCAAUCUUUCCCUUUAUAUGAACAAGAAAAGCAUGACCAGAAUCCUCAUAAUAGUUCUAGUAAUACUAAGGACAAGGAGAUCACAAAGAAUCUAGAUACACAGUCCUUAGAAGAAAACUAUGUGUUGGUAAAGUGUGGAAGAAAUCCAGUUAUGAAAACAAUUAGUACUGAAGAAAUUCUGGCACAUUGUAAAGGUAGUAUAUU